CGGGCCUCGCCAAGAUGCGGCGGCCGCUCCGGGUGUCGCCAGGCGGGCCUGGGACUGCGCGGAGCGGAGUCGGGCAGGGGGUGCGCACCGCGGUACUCGCGCACUCCUAACGCCUCGGACCUGCCGGCUGCCCCUGCCCUCUUUGCCUCCGUCCCACCCGUCAUCCCCACCCUUCUACCCUUUGUGCAGCUGCUGCUCCGCGUUCCGACUCCGCGGAUCCCCGGCCGGGCGUGACGGCAGCGGCUUGCCAGGCCCCGGGUGGGCGCCCGGCCGGCGCGGAUGGCGAGGGGGCGCGGUGUGGGUGGGGACGCCGCAGCCGGAGCACGCGACGCGGGAGGCCCGGCCCGCCUUCUCCGCAUUGUCCCGGGCCCAGCACCCCGGCCCUGAGCCGCGCGGCCGCCUUCGCAGCCGCAGCGCCCACCCAGCGCCGCCCGCGGGGCCAUGCGAAGAGCCGCCGGGAUGGAGGACUUCUCCGCGGAGGAAGAGGAGCCCUGGUAUGACCAGCAGGACCUAGAGCAGGAUUUACACUUGGCUGCAGAGCUUGGGAAGACACUGCUGGAGAGGAACAAGGAGCUGGAGGAGUCCCUACAGCAGAUGUAUUCCACAAACGAGGAGCAAGUGCAAGAGAUUGAGUACCUAACCAAGCAGCUGGACAUGCUCCGGCAUGUGAACGAGCAGCACGCCAAAGUGUACGAGCAGCUGGACCUGACAGCCCGAGAUCUGGAACUGACCAACCAGAGGCUGGUGCUGGAGAGUAAGGCUGCCCAGCAGAAGAUCCACGGGCUGACAGAGACUGUGGAGUGUCUGCAGGCCCAGGUGGAGGAGCUGCAGGCCCAGGUGGAGCAGCUGAGGGGUCUGGAGCAGCUGCGCAUGCGCCGGGAGAAGCGGGAACGCAGGCGAACAAUCCACACUUUCCCCUGCCUCAAGGAGCUGUGCACCAGCCCACGGUGCGAGGAUGCCUUCCGCCUGCACAGUUCCUCCCUGGAGCUGGGCCCUCGACCUCUGGAGCAGGAGAACGAGCGGCUGCAGACCCUGGUGGGGGUGCUGCGCUCCCAGGUGAGCCAGGAGCGGCAGCGCAAGGAGCGGGCAGAGCGGGAGUACACGGCUGUGCUGCAGGAGUACACGGAGCUGGAGCGACAGCUAUGUGAGAUGGAGGGCUGCCGCCUGCGCGUGCAGGAACUGGAAGCCGAGCUCUUGGAGCUGCAGCAGAUGAAGCAGGCCAAGACCUACCUACUAGGCCGGGACGACCACCUCGCUGAGGCACUGCUGGCACCCCUCACUCAGGCCCCUGAGGCUGACGACCCCCAGCCAGGUAGCGGGGAUGAGGCUGGCGCUCAGGACGGUGUCUCCUCACCCUCUGCCUCCCCAGGCCACGCGGUGCGUAAGAGCUGCAGCGACACGGCGCUCAAUGCCAUCGUGGCCAAAGACCCUGCCGGCCGGCACGCGGGUCACCUCACGCUUCACGCCAACAGCGUGCGCAGGCGCGGCAUGUCCAUCCUGCGGGAGGUGGACGAACAGUACCACGCGCUGCUGGAGAAGUACGAAGAGCUGCUGAGCAAGUGCCGGCAGCACGGGGCGGGGGUGCGGCACGCGGGCGUGCAGACCUCGAGGCCCAUCUCCCGAGACAGCUCAUGGAGGGACCUGUGUGGGGGCGAGGACGGCCAAGGGGAGGCCAAGGCGGGGGAGAAGAGCCUGAGCCAGCACGUGGAGGCCGUGGACAAGCGGUUGGAGCAGAGCCAGCCAGAAUACAAGGCACUCUUCAAGGAGAUCUUUGCCCGGAUCCAGAAGACCAAGGCUGACAUCAAUGCCACCAAAGUCAAGACGCACAGCAGCAAGUGACCCUUUCGUGGCCUGCAUCCUCCCUGGGCUUCAGGCCACACAGCCGGUGGCAGAUAAGAGUCCUUUAGCAGCAAUAUGACCCAGCAGGUGGCCUCCAUCAGUGUGCAAGGAACAGAAACCUCUCUGAUCUGGGGACACUGCAUGUUUCCCAUGGAUGGACCCAGCCACCCGCUUCCACCUAAAGACACAGCUCAGUUUCAAAGCCAAACAUACCCACUGCCCGGGGCUUCCUAAGCUCUCCCUGUUCCUGGUUUCCUGACCCUGGGCCUCGCCCUCAGAUGGGGCCAGGCUUCCGGAAGCCACUCUGGAUUAGUUGGCUUUUGUGUUGUUGUUUUUCCAAAUUCAGUUUUUCUGCCAGAUUUGCAAUGCAAGAUCUUCCUUGACCGCUUGCCACAACUGGAAACACUUGAAAGGGGACCCCAGGAGCCGACGUUGCAGGUUCCUAGGGUCCCCUGGACCACACACUGCUUCCCACCGGCUGUGACGCACUGUCAUUCCCUAGCACACCAGCUGUCCCUCCUCCAGAGUCCUGAGCAGGACACACAUGGUCCUUGCUUUGCAAAGCAGAAAGCCUUGCCCUGGCCUUGAAUGCCCGGCUCCAAACUGGCUAGAACCGUCAGUCCACUGUAGAUCUAUAACCAAUAGGGGACAGGGGAGCCCCUUGACAGCCAUACACAAAUACCCCUGUGUCUCUCAGAGCCAGCUUCCCUGAGUUCCAGUCCCAGAAGUGGUGUCUGGGCCUGAGCUUACCAGGGGCCAGGAUGGAGGGAAUCCCAGUCCUCAUGCCUGCACCUGCCCC